AUGAAUUUCUUCAGACCAAAGUCUGGUGAAACUGCGCCCUUGGAAAGAUACAUUAACCAGGUUUGGAAUGGUCGCCAGUCAGUCAACCCGUUUGGCGAAAGGCCUUCGACGGCCGAACCAGUCGCGACGCUCCGGAAAGGACGCAAGAAUCGUAUCAUUUACUACAUUGGUUCAUUCAAUCCCCCGCAUGUCGGACAUUUGGCGCUGGUAGAUCAUGUAUUUUCCAACACAAAAGCUUCCCUAUCUGGUGGGGACACGUCGGCGGACGACCUGAAUGCCGUCGCCCUCAUUGUUAUUCCUCAUGGGCAAUACUGGCUAGAGCGCAAAGCACGGCGCGCCGCCAUGGAAGCCGAAGCAGCAAUGUACCCUCGAGGACGCGGCAGGGGAAAGAACCGCGGUCAUGCAAACAGGGGUGCGAGAACGGCUACCCCAAAGAACGAAAAAGAGGCAAAGGAGUUACAACUCCCCCUCGAACAGCGCCUCGAGCUCGUACGUGACGGUGUACCCGACGACUUGGUCCGCAGCGGUGUCUGGCUGUUUCCGGCGGACCUGGGCGAGUGGUGGAAUCUUCAUCCACGGCUCAUACGCGCUUGCGAGGCCGACGGCUUUGACGUCGAGUACAUUGAGCUCCUGGGCCCGGACUACGUGCAACGCGACAUGCCGCGGAGUUCGGGCAUGCACGGUGUGGUGACGAGUAAUGUCUGUCGGAGGGCUGAUUUUGUAGUGGACUCACCAGCGCCGGAAGGAGGGGGUAUCGGAGGUGACCUGUUGACUUUGCAUGGUUAUACCGAUUGGGCGUUGGUGAGAGGGGGUGGUGAUGUGGCCAAGCCCGGAGACGAGCCGACUACACAAGAUCAAAGCCAAGCAGGGCCACCGAUCGCCAUCGACAAGAAUAGCAAAGUCUUUGUCUGUCAGGGUGGCAAAGAUUUGGCAUAUCGGAUAUGGUUCGUACAAUGCGAUGAGCCACACUUGGACCCAGACAUUAGUUCGACGAGUCUGAGGCGGCUGAUCAAGGAUGCGGAUGUGGAAGUACUAGAAGAGACUGUGCAGAAUAUCGCGAUGAGUCCUGCAAAACUCGCCAAGUUGGUGAGGGAAAUGAGAAAGUAG